AUGUGCACGUUUGCUUGUCAGCCGAAAAGCCUGGCGGUGCAGGUAAGCCCCCCUCCCCGCCUUGCUGCACCGCUCCGGGUCGUGCGGGAUUCGGGAGCGCGGUACCUGCGCGGCAGCGGAGCUCCGCCCGCUCCGCCUCCAGCCGCCCUUCGCCCGAGGAAGCCGCAGAGCCCCGUCCCACCUCCGAAAAGCGCCUGGACAGGCUCCUCCAGGGCCGGGGAAGCGGAGGGUCUGCAGUUGCGUAACAUCAACCCCCCCCUCCCCUUCGCCUGUCCCUCCCAAUCCCCGACGGUUCCUCCGCAGCCGAGGCCGGAGCAGGCAGCCCGGGAUGGGGCAAGCCGGGGAGGUGCCGGGGGAACCCCCAGCAGAGGAGAGGGGAAAGGCUCUGGGCUUUGGGGACGGGAUGCGAAGUUGGGGCGAGGGGAACCUUGCAAGUGGCUCCGUGCGGGAAGGGGCCCGCCUGGCUGGGGCGGGAGGAGGGAGGCGUUCCCUUGUGGGGACAGUGGGGAGAGCGGGGGACUCCGGGGGGUGGGGACACCUCCGGGCGGGCGGGAAAAGCCUCGCACCGGGGGAGCCGGCGGCACGGGCAGCGCGGCACGGGCAGCGAGCGGCGGGACCGAGCCGUGCGGGAGGGCGGCAGUGCUGGGGUCCCCUCUGGCGGCGCCCCGCACGGCGCUGAGCCCCUGUCCCGGCGCGGCACCACGGGCGCCGGGGAAGCGUCCCCGCCGCGGCGCUGAGCACCGCGCUCCCCCCGCACCCCGCGGCCAGGACCCGCUCCUUCCCGCCGGGGGAUGGAGGAGGAGGGCGAAGAAGCCCUCGGGGUACCGGCAGGCGUUCCUCCCCUCGCCCCACACAAGCAGCGCGUCUCUCCGGGUGCGAGCAGCUUAUUUCCAAGCGAUGCUGCCGCGCAAAGUGGCGCCGGUCGGGCAGCGCCCGCCCGCGCUCCCUCCCUCCGUCCCUCCGCAGCCGCGCACAUCCCGGCCCCGCAGAGCCCCCGCGCUCCGCUCCGCUCGGGUCAGCGCGAAAAUCGCUUUCCGCCCCGGCUGCUCACGAUCUGCCUCAACCUGCUCCACCUUUUGUUUUGAUCUUUGGAAAUGA